ACAGAAUAUACUACUGGUAUGACGAAAGGGGAAAGAAGACAAAGUGCACAGCGCCUCAGUAUGUCGACCUCGUCAUGACGUUUGUGCAGAAAUUAGUGACGGAUGAAGAAAUCUUUCCCACAAAAUAUGGCAAAGACUUUCCUAACUCGUUCGAGUCUCUGGUGAAGAAGGUCUGUCGGUAUCUGUUCCACGUGCUGGCGCACAUCUACUGGGCUCACUUUAAAGAGAUUGUGGCUUUGGACCUGCAGGGACACUUGAACACACUGUACGCACAUUUCAUCGUCUUUAUCAGGGAAUUCAACCUGAUUGACCCCAAGGAGACCUGCAUCAUGGACGACCUGUCGGAGGUGCUGUGCGCCCCGCUGCCCCCCACUGCACACAAUCACGUCACCGAGAGAUGAGCCUAAACGUCUCAUUCAUGAAGCUCCUCGAUCAAAAAAAAAAAGGGAGGGGGGGAUGAUGACAAAAAAGUAAGGACAAGCCCCUCCAUCACUACUCCUCAGCCUCUUGAUAAUCAAAAGGUGGGGAUGAGGGCCGGUAGUCUGCAAUUCUUGUACCAGCACAGAUUGGUGUGAAUGUUUCCUACAGGACAAAACAAUCUGUCUCCAUUGUCAUUUAUAUAGGAACAAGUUAUAUUUUAUUUUGCUUUUUUAUUGUUAUUAUUAUUGUUUUGCGCAUGCGCUCUUGGAGUUUUUUUUAUUAUGAUUUGAUUUUAGGGAAUGGUAUUUCAGCUGCGCUCUCAUCAGUGCCUUGGAUAUAUAGCAAAGGUAUUGUCUGUUUAUAUGCAACAAUGUUUAGGAAUUUAUCAUCGACCUCUGGCUCCCCCUUGUGGAGGGAGUGAAGUCCCAAACCGACUGACUGUUCGUAAUCUCUGCAGCUUUAUUUUACAUAAAACUGUGACAGACUA